GAAGGUAGGGAAGGAAUGAACGAAGUCCUGAACACUAUAAACCAGCUAACUGGAAAAGUGGACACUCUAGGUACAGAUACAGCAACACUCAGUGAUGCUAGCUAACAUAGCUAAAGUAGUUGAGUUCAAUGCUGCAGAAAUAAAGGACUACUCAGAGUAAACAAGAAGCGAGUCGUGCGGACCCAUGUGACACUGGACUAAAAGAAAACCCUUCAAAAUAAAAGCCAGACAAAAGACUAGAUAGAUAGCUAUACUAGACAUGGUCCAUCAGUGUAAUAAUAAAUGUGGGAACAUUUCACUGUAAACAUUUAAAGUAAACUAUGGUCAAACUUUGAUCAGACAACAGGAUGCAAUGUGACUGUCGCUGUUUUGAUUUGCACAUAAAAUCAAUGUCUGGAUAGGGUUACACAUAAUUUCAGUAACCUAUGAAGACAAUGCUUUUAAGUGCAAUUUAAUACAGGGAAAAUCACAUUGCAUUCUUUCUAUCCUUUUCUGUGCUUUUAUUUUGAAGUGUUUCCUUUCAGUCGUGUCACGUGGGUCUGCAGGACCCUCGUCUUGUUUACCGUAAAGGAGCUGACAAAUAGAAUAGAACAGAACAUUUAUAAAGCACUUUUAAUUAUAGGUGAGCUCAAUGUGCUCUACAUUGAUGAUAAAAACAGGAAUACAAGAGACAAAUGGUUAUCUCAACAAUCAUGACAAAACAAAAAACAUACACACACAUACUCAAAGACUAAUUAUUCGUAUGCUUGAGAGAACAGAGGUUUUAAGUUUAGCUUUAAAAGUAGAGACACCUUUACCAUUACAAUCAUCCAGGAUUGAAUUCUCUCACCCCAUGGUAGACGAGGAUGGGAUUGCAACACCAACUAGAGAAAGUGAGACCGCUGCAAAAGGAUCACUCACACUUCAGGUCAGACCAGUGCCACAGAGACACACAACAUCGAACUCAGUGACUUUAAUUCUGUGUUUGCACAGAGUUGACUUCACCUGCUACACCUCAACAUCCGGAGUCUUAUUCCAAAGAUGUCCAGCAGCUGUUGGUGUGUAAAGAAGAGCUUCCACCUGAGCAGCAGGAGUGGAGCCACAUUCUGGACCAGGAGGACACUAAGCCCCAACACAUUAAAGAAGAACAUGAGGAACUGUGGAUCAGUCAGGAGGAAGACUGGACUGGAGGAGGCUGAUACCACCAAGUUCCCCUUCACUCCUGUUUCUGUGAAGAGUGAAGAUGAAGAGAAACCUCAGUCCUCACAGCUUCAUCAGAGACAAACUGAACAGAUGGAAACAGGAGUUGAUGGAGAGGACUGUGGAGGAGCAGAACCAGAGAGAGACUCAGAUCCAGAGAAACAUUUACAACCAGAGACUGAGGUCGAGACUGAAGACUCUUGUGAACCUGAGACUGAUGACAGUGAUGAUUGGCAAGAGACAAGAGAAGAUCUGUCAGAAUUAAACUUGAAAAAUAAGAAACUAAAGACUGGUAAGAGAUCACACAGCUGCUCAGAGUGUGGUAAAAGAUUUAACCAAAAAGGGAAUCUGACCAAACACAUGUUAGUUCAUACAGCAGAGAAACCCUUCAGCUGCUCUGUUUGCAGUAAAAGCUUUACCCGAAGAGGAAGUCUGACCACACACAUGUUGGUUCACACAGGAGAGAAACCCUUCAGCUGCUCUGUUUGCAGUAAAAGCUUUACCCAAAGAAAAAGUCUGAUGUAUCACAUGUUAAUUCAUACAGGAGAGAAAGCCUUCAGCUGCUCUGUUUGCAGUAAAAGCUUUACCCAAAGAGGAAGUCUGACCACACACAUGUUAGUGCAUACAGGAGAGAAAGCCUUCAGCUGCUCUGUUUGCAGUAAAAGCUUUAUCCAAAGAGGAAAUCUAACCAAACACAUGAUGAUUCACACAGGAGAGAAACCGUUCAGCUGCCCUGUUUGCAGUAAAAGCUUUACCCAAAGAGGAAGUCUGACCACACACAUGUUAGUGCAUACAGGAGAGAAACCCUUCAGCUGCUCUGUUUGCAGUAAAAGUUUUAACUAUAGAGGAAAUCUAACCAAACACAUGAUGAUUCACACUGGAGAAAAAAUCUUUAGUUGCUCUGUGUGAGAAACGAUUUAACCAUAAGUCUAGUCUGACAUAUCACAGAGGGGAGAAACCCUUCAACUGCUCGUUUUGCAGUAAAACUUUUACCCAAAGAGGAAAUCUGAACAAACAUGAUGAUUCACACACGAGAGAAACCUAUCAGUUGCUCUCGGUGUGACAAAAGUUUUACCAAAAAAGUGUCUCUGACCAGACACAUGUUAGUUCAUACAGGAGAUAAACCCUUCAGCUGCUUUGAGUGUGGUAAAAGGUUUAGUUCUAAGGGAAAUCUGACCAGACACAUGAUGAUUCACACUGGAGAGAAAUGCUAAUCCUGUUCAAUGGUAAAACCGAUCCAAAGGAUUCCAAGUUAACAACAUCACUAAUGUGUAUUCAUAAGUAUGUUUUGACUAACAGAUGUAUAACUGUUGUUAUAAAGGGAUAUAAGACAAUUCUA